AGAUGGCGGCGGGCGGCGGGACGGGGCUGCGGGUCCUGCUGCUGCUGCUGCCGGUGCUGCCGGUGCCGGCGGCUCGCGGGUCUCCCGGCGCGGCGGAGAAGCGCUGCUUCUGCCAGGUCACUGGUCAUUUAGAUGACUGCACUUGUGAUGUAGAGACCAUUGAUGCCUUCAACAACUACAACCUUUUUCCAAGACUGAAUGAACUUCUGGAAAGUGACUAUUUUAGAUACUAUAAGGUAAACCUGAAGAAACCUUGUCCUUUUUGGAGUGACAACAGUCACUGUGGAGUAAGAGACUGUGCUGUGAAGCCCUGCCCAUCUGAUGAAGUCCCUGAUGGAAUCAGAUCUGGAAGUUACAAGUAUUCAGAAGAAGCCAAUAACCUUGCUGAAGAAUGCGAAGAGGCCGAGAGACUUGGAGCUGUUGAUGGCUCUUUAAGCAAGGAAACUCAGCAGGCAGUGCUGCAGUGGACACGGCACGAUGACUCUUCAGACAGUUUCUGUGAAGCUGAUGACACCUCUUCCCCUGACACCGAGUACGUGGAUUUGCUGCUGAACCCCGAGCGCUACACGGGCUACAAAGGGCCAGAUGCCUGGAAGAUCUGGAACAGUAUUUAUGAAGAAAACUGCUUCAAGCCUCAGAAUGUAAAAAGACCUUUGGCAUCUGCUGGAGGAGAUGAUGGAGGGCACACGUUUUACAAGUGGCUGAAAGGUGUCUGUGUAGAGAAACGAGCUUUCUACAAACUCAUUUCUGGUCUCCAUGCAAGCAUCAACAUCCACCUGAGUGCCAGGUACCUUUUACAAGAUACAUGGGCAGAGAAGAAAUGGGGCCCCAAUGUCACUGAGUUCCAGCAGAGGUUUGAUGAAGUCCUCACCAGAGGGGAAGGUCCCAGAAGACUCAAGAACCUGUAUUUUCUCUACCUGAUAGAGCUGAGGGCCUUGUCCAAAGUGCUGCCCUUCUUCCAGCGCCCAGGAUUCCAGCUCUACACAGGGAAUAAAAUUCAUGAUGAGGAAAUGAAAUCCCAGUUGCUGGAAAUUCUCCAUCUGGCCAAGUCUUUCCCUCUGCAUUUUGAUGAAAACUCAUUCUUUGCAGGGAAUAAAAAGGAAGCCACUAAACUAAAGGAGGAAUUUAGGCACCAUUUUAAGAAUAUUUCCAAGAUAAUGGACUGUGUUGGCUGCUUCAAAUGUCGCCUGUGGGGGAAGCUGCAGACACAGGGCUUGGGCACGGCGCUGAAGAUCCUCUUUUCUGAAAGCCUGAUAGAAAAGAUACCUGAAAGUGGCCCUUCCUAUGGAUUCCAGCUGACCAGACAAGAAAUUGUUGCCUUAUUUAAUGCUUUUGGAAGGGUUUCAACAAGCGUGAGGGAACUGGAAAACUUCAGGAACAUCUUAAGGAAGAUGCAGUGAAUUCACUGGAGACAGAGACUAAAAGUUUUGCUGCUGGGCUCUCUAGAAAUGGACAAACACCCUCAUUCCAACCACUACCUGGUGAAAAACCACUUGUGGAAUAUGCUGUUCCCAGCUGAUUGUCUGUAACCUGCUGAGGACAAAUAUUUGUAGAAGAAAAAAAGAAGCUACUUUUUAAAAAAACAAAAGUGGGGACUAUAUUUAAAGUUUAUUUUCUAUACUGGAAGACCAUUCUGAAUAACUGCUUUCAAAAUUGCUGUACUAUUUUGAUGGAUUACACCAUUCUUUUUGCCUCCAGAAGCUGGAGAUAAGGCAAGAACUGUGACAUUGAAUAAAUUUGGGGAAGAUGUCUUGUCUGCUCCAUGAUUCCAA